AUGGCACCCGCCAAGCACCGCUACGCAGGGCCACAACCAGCCUGCCCACCUUCGCUCGACCACCCACCCCCGACCCUCUCUCAAGACCAACUCGCCGUCCCGACCACCGAGCUCUACUCGGCCGCACUCGAGCACGCCUGGCGCCAACUCGACCCCUCUUCGUCGUCGUCGUCACAGCGGCCAACACCGGCCCGCGUCGACCAGCUCGAGCCCCGCCCCGAUGACCCCUCGCGCCCGCGCCCAGUCCACCACGGGCCCUACGCCCUCGUCCGCGCCCAGCUCGACUGGACCUACCACGUCGUCCCGAACCGCGCCCGCCAGCACCUCCAGGACGAGAUCGUCACCCGCGUCCUCGAACAGCGCCUGCGCGAGUGCGACGAGGCCGGCGACGACGAGCCGUGCCGGGUCAGCGAGCGCCGCGAGGCCUUUGCCCAGCAGGAGCAGGACCCGGACGGCGUGCGCGGUGUCAGGAGCGACGACAUGGGCCGCAAGGCCGGCGACAGAGAGGAGGACCGCCCUCUCGCGCUCUUUACCGCCGGCGGCAUGGGCGCCGGCAAGGGCCACACGCUCAAGGAGCUCCUCAAGUCGCACGCCGUGCGCCUCCCGCGCAACACGGUCUGGAUCGACCCGGACGCCCUGUCGCGCAUGCUCCCCGAGCGCCCGCAGUACGUCGCCCACGACCCAGAGAACGCGAGCGCGCUCCUGCACCCCGAGGCGAGCCUGCUCCAGGAGGUGUGCGCGAGCGUCGCGAGGGAGCAGAGGCGGAGCUUGGUCGUCGACGGGAGCUUGACCGACUGCGGCUGGUUCGAGGGCUUCAUGCGGAAAUACCGCGAGGCGGGCUACGACUGCGAGAUCCUCUUUGUCUCGGCGCCCGAGGACGUCAUGCUCCGCCGCGCCGAGAAGCGCGCCAAGUCGACGGGCAGGGUGACGCGGCCCGAGGCCAUCAAGCGCAGCAGGAUCAAGAGCCCCGAGUGCGUCACCAAGCUCAGCAAGCCUGGGCUCGUGCGCCGCGUCCGCCUGAUCGACAACUCGUCCGACACGUCGCCCGCAUCGACCAUGUACGACUCUGCGCUCGACCCGCUUUGGCCCGGGUCGACCCCGACGCCGUACCACGACCCGACCGCGUCGCCGUCGCUCAGUGCGGCCGGGCGCGAGCGCGGCAAGGACGUCAACGAGGGCGGGUGGGUCGACGCGAAAGGGUUUGUCGAGGGGCGGCUCGAGCAGGGCGAGGAUGGGCGGGUGCGCGAGAGGAGGGGUGCGGACGCGCGAGGGGGAGCGGGAGCGGGAGCGGGAGCUGGGGGCGAGGGACGGGCAAAGGGCGAGGGCAAGCUGUAGACGGAGCCAUGCAGUCGACGGUAGACG